CUCUCUCUCUCUCUCUCUCUCUGUUUCUCAAAACAGAACCAAAAAAAACAAAAACCCAACUCUUUCUCUCUCUUCCUCUGAGCCAUCAAUCAUCUCAAACCACCCCCUGAUACAAAUCUGCAAGCAGGAUUGUAUCUAUACCAACAAUUUUGUAUCUUGAAUACAUAUCACCACCCCCUCCAGUAUGAAAAUUUCUGUGACAAAAGAUAGGAUGGUUUGGAGUUCAAAUCCUCUUUCAGUUUCAGAUCGAAGACCUGGAUUGCUUUUGUUGCCUUAUCCAGAUCUAUAUCGGAGAAAAAUCAAAAUCAAAGACGGGGGCGGCGGGGCAUGGGGGUGUCGUCAUAAGCGGGUCAGUUUGGCAACGACCCAUCUGGUUGUCCUCAGUUGCAAAGUCGCUCGGUUGCUAAGGUCCUCAGUUGCAAAGUCGCUUGGUUGCUAAGGUCCUCAUUAGCAAAUGUCCACAGUUUGCAAAAGGUCCUCAGUUGCAAACCCCCAAGUCUCAAUUGGGCGGUCAACUGUAAUUCUUCUUAUUGGGCUGAAGCAACCCCAACGACAAGGAAACAAUUGGUCUCUGAAGCAUGUGUGAUCCGGAUUGGGCUUUGCCAGUAACAUACCCACCAUUUCAAUCCCCAAACCCUAUCUGUGAUGAGAGUUGGGCUUUGCCAGUAACAUACCCACCAUUUCAAUCCCCAAACCCUAUCUUUGAUGAGAAUUGGGCUUUGCCGAUAACAUACUUACCAUCCCAAACUCCAAAUCCUAUCUGCUGUGAUGAGAGUUGGGCUUGCCCUUACCCAAAGUCCCAAACCUCAGUCCCCUAUAAAUAUCCUCCAAUCGUCUCACACUAGUUUCAGUCCCUCUCACACUUGAACAACGCAGUCCUCCACCAUGCAAAGCACAAGAACACCAAUGCCUGUGAUGGAUCCUCGUCGCCUUGAUCUUCUAGCAGAUAUGGCGGCUAAGCCAAAGCAUGACCGUCGCUCGCGCUGUGUCUCCGCCUCGGUCAGGUCUUCAGGCCUCUGCACCUCGGUCAGAUCUUCAGGACUCGCCGCCUCUGUCAGGUCUUCACGCGCCUCAGGAUCACGCGACUCAGGAUCACGCGCCUCACUGCCAUCUGGAUCACGGGACUCACGCGCCUCACUGCCAUCUGGAUCACGUGACUCACGCGCCUCACUGCCAUCUGGAUCACGGGACUCACGCGCCUCACUGCCAUCUGGAUCACGUGACUCACGCGCCUCACUGCCAUCUGGAUCACGCACCUCGGGAUCGGCAUCACGCGCCUCUGGGUCUGGAUCACGCGCCUCUUCUUCACGCGCCAUCCCUCUGACUAAGGCUGCGGACCAAACUUUUGUUGAGGUAUCUGGAUCACGCGCCUCAGGAUCUGGAUCAGCCAUCUCUCCGAUUAAGGCUGCGGGCCAAACUGUUCUUGAGGUAUCUGGAUCACGCGCCUCAGGAUCUGGAUCACGCGCCUCUUCUUCACGCGCCAUCUCUCCGAUUAAGGCUGCGGGCCAAACUGUUCUUGAGGUAUCUGGAUCACGCGCCUCAGGAUCUGGAUCAGCCAUCUCUCCGAUUAAGGCUGCGGGCCAAACUGUUCUUGAGGUAUCUGGAUCACGCGCCUCAGGAUCUGGAUCACGCGCCUCUUCUUCACGCGCCAUCUCUCCGAUUAAGGCUGCGGGCCAAACUGUUCUUGAGGUUGAGGUUGCCGCUCCUCCGGUUGCCGCUCCGGUUGCCGCUCCUCCGGUUGCCGCUCCGGUUGCCGCUCCUCCGGUUGCCGCUCCGGUUGCCGCCCCUCCUGUUGCCGCUCCGGUUGCCGCCCCUCCGGUUGCCGCUCCGGUUGCCGCCCCUCCGGUUGCCGCGCCUCCGGUUGCCGCCCCUCUGGUUGCCGCGGUUGCCGCCCCUCCGGCCGCAUAUGAUCCUCUCGCUCUCUCACUAGAGACAACUGGGCUUCCACUUCAGAUUGCACUGUCCCGGGGGCACUUUUUUCACAGCUGGUUGUCGCUGAAGAUUUCCGGCUGUCAUUUCUGAGCAUACAGCAGAUGAAGACCAUCGUAUUUUACUACAGCCAUAUCUUGAGGAUAGAGGUUGUUUUCUCAUAGCUCGAGGCACAGCCAGACCUGCUUUCACACAAUGGCGAGUGUUUUAAAACCAUUUGCUUACCUGCUUAGCCAUGACUCCAAAUUCUUGGGCCAGUCUUGCCUCCGUACUUAGGUCUGGGUAUUGAUUCUCCUUGAAGGAGGGUUAUGAUUGGAAGAGCCACGCUGUGCUGUCUUCCUUUGUGAGCUGUAGGAUGAUGCCGAGGAUGACGAUACAGCAGGAACUUGAGGCUGCACGGAAUCGGGUGAGGUUUGAUCAAGGGGAGAGAUGCAGGGGGACAUAUGCAGGCCUUUUUCUGACAUUGCUGAGGACAGUCGCCCAAUUGUGGGUUGAGUUGGAGGCACAGCAUUUCAGUUUGUCGAGGGUGCUGUCUAUCAAGAAGGAGAGUUUGAAGAUGUACUGCCAAAUAUUUGACGCGAGUCUCCUUUAGGAUGGUUGACCACCUAGCAAAAUAUUUCUCGGAGUAGACAUUGCAUGAGGUUCUCCUAGCAACAUAAAGAGAAAAGAAACAUAAGGUUCAAUGUGUAUGUGAGGAUACUGGCAUGGAGAAAGCUAUGGACAACUCUCAGUAGAGCAAACCGAAGUGGAUAAUUACUCAAACCACGAGAAACCUGACAUUAAUUAAAACAGCUCUUACUUAUUGCUAUGAACCUCAAUCAGCACUUAUUUUGUUGGAGCGCCAAAAGCUUAAUAUUUUAAUAUCCUGCGGUUAGCAAAA